GUAACUUUGAUUUUUCUUAUCUUGCUGUCUAGCACUGAUAGAAGCGUAUCAGUCGCCGAAGGUAUCAGCAUUUUCUCAUUCAUUCACGAUCUAAUUCAGUAUAACGUAGCGGGGAUACCGCUCAUCCAUGAGGCAAAAGAUGGGAAACAGAGAAGAAUCAGGUACGAAAAGGAAAAUGGUCGUCGUGGAGAAAUCGCAAUUGAGAAGAUCGGCAUGGGAAUUGGAAACAAGGAGCCGUUAAGAAGAACUGCGUAG